CACUCCACUCUGCCGCCGCAGCCAUCCAUCCACCGCGCACCACCAGCUCCACCAGCGCCACUCCAUUCACCUCCUUCUGCUCCUCCUCCUCUGCUUCCCCUCUCCUAGCGCCUCAACCUGCUACUUCUUCUUCCCCAAACUCUGCUACUACUCCCUCUUUUCCUCUUCCUUCACCUGCUGCGAUCUCUCUCUCCCACAUCUUUGCUGCUGCCCCUGCUGAACCCUCUUCUCUCCUUGCUGCUCCUAGUUCCUCUCUGAACCAAAACUGCUGCUCUUCUUCUUCUUCUUACCCUUGCUGCUGUUUCCUUUCUUCUUCCUCACCUCCACCAUAUUGCUGCUACUACAGCCCUUCCUCUCCCACGGCGUACUCUGAACCCCAUACUGCUGCUGCUGCUUUCCUCAGUGCCUCCAUACUGCUGUUACUACUUUCCACCCGCUGCUGCUCUCUCUCUCUCUUAUCUCAAACUGCUGUAAACUUUAGAAGUGUAAUGUUCAGAAUUUUGUAAUGUUCAGGGUUGUGUAAUGUUCAGACUUGACAAGUUCUAGCAACUCAUUAUUUGUUCAGUUUAGUACCUGUAUAAUAAAGUACUUGUUAUGUUGGACCUGACUAGUUGAGGCCUUGUUAAUUUGGGAGAUAAUUGAUCUAUUAGAAUGUGCUUCUAUGUAUUACUAUUCUGCUAGUAUAUGUGCGUAUUCACCUUGUGUACUAAUCCCCUUUCCUAGUUAUCUUCCAGUACUUGUCAACUUUGUGUGUGUUUGAUUUUCAGUCCAUAUGUUAGCUCAAGUACUUUUGCCAUAUAAAUAUGUGUGUGUGCUUGUGAUUUAAAUAAUCUGUUUUCUGUUCAGUAAUUUUGUUUCUUCCCUCUUUCAUACGCUUGCUAGAUAUAUAUGGUCAUGUCUUUUGACUUCCCUUGUCACUGAUGUUAGCCUUUCAGUUUCUAUAAUAAUAUGAAAAUACCAAAAAGACAGAGUAAAGAUAAUCUUCAUCCCCCUUUGCUUCUGUCAUUUUCUUUGUUGAUAAUCCUUGUCAGUGUUAGGUUUAUUUUCUGUUUUCAUUAUUCAAUUGGGUCACCUAGCUUCAGUCGAAUGUAGUUGCCGUCGCCUAGUCCCUGUGGAGAACACGACAUCCGUAGUUUGGGGCGUAAAACCCCCGCUAUACUUACAAUAGAUCAUUUUGGCGCCGUUGCCGGGGACUAGCGUCGAGCGAUUGUGCUAGGCUAUAGACUAGGUUUUUCUUGUUUUCAUCUUGUGCCAUAUAUUUGUGAUUUAUCUCUAGCCACUAACCCCUGUUCUAGUUAGUAUCUUUUUGUCUUCUUUUCCUUUUUGCAUGUUGGAUUAUCUUCUUGGAAAUGGCAUUCAACUCAGACCAUCAUGCUUAUGUGAGCAAUAGCAUGGAAAGUGUUCAAGGCUUGAUAAUAAGAUUUCCCAUCAGUUAGAUGAUUUAGCUCGGCAACGAGGUAUAGUUUUUGAGGAUAUGCCUAGCUCUUAUGAUGCUUAUUCUAGAGGCCAUCCUUAUGUUGCUCCUACUUGCCAUAUUUGUGGAAUUCAGGGCCAUUCGCCCGCUGAAUGUCAGCGUGGCUUCUCUCACACUCCAGAUUGUUUUGGCAUGAGCUUCGCUCAAGAACAUAGCUCAUACCAAAACAAUUACUCACAUGGGUGGCCUGAAAUCCCGAAUAUGUCAUAUAGGAGCAACAACCCUGAGAUCUCACAGUUUGGUUCUAGUAAUCAUAUGUAGGGAUUUAGGUACAAUGAGGAGAGCCACAACUAUGCAGCACAACAAUUCCAUUCAGCUCCUACUCACAUACCACAGCACCAGGAGAUAUGUCCAAUGGUGUUAAAUGGUCCUCCAUUUGGUCAACCAACAACUCCAGCACCUGUUGUGCAAUCUCAUGUGCAAGUGCCCACACAAGAUGAGUUCGAUGACAUAGACAAGCUCACACUUUUGAGUCUCGAGUUCACUUGGAGUGCCGAGGAUGAUCCUAUUAGGAAGGUUAUACUAGAUGAAAUGAAGAAGAUCAAGAGUGGAAAAGAGCUAGUGGAAGAAGUAAGGAAGAUUGAGAAGAACAUCAACGCUGGCAGCACUAUUUCUUCACAGCUAGAGCUGAGUGUUGCCGAGAUUCCCCUUGAUACAUGUGAGGUUCCAACACCGUCACAUCCAGUUGAGCAAGAUACCAAGAGUCCAGAGGAAGAAAGACCUCAGAUUGAAGAAGAUGAACUAGAAGACAAGGAACAAGAUGAUCAAGAGCUGCAAUUCCCAAGUGAUCAAGUUGAAGACUCAUCAUCUACUACUCCCGAAGAAGUACAAGAAGCUGCUGUAGAUGAAGAUGAAGAACAUGAGAUUCAUUUGCCUAUUGUCAUACCAGAGCGUGAUGUGUCAGGUUCGAGGUGACAUUCCUUGGGACCCUGGUGGACUCAGAGCAUGGGGAUGAGGAGAAGCAAGGGGGCACACACGAGGAAGGGAGAAGAUGGAGCAGGCAUGAGGAUAGAGAAGCAAAAGGAGAGGAGCUGCAGUUGGUGAGGUGAUCAAGCGAGUGCUACUUCAUUAAGCCCGGUGAGCUGUUUCGUGACCCAUUCUGAAUAUCAUAAAUACAUGCUGAAUUCAAUUGCUAGUUGGGUUGCUUGAGCCAGUUAUUACUUGUUGUCAAGCUGAAUCUCACCUUUGGCAUUGUGCUUGAUGUGAAUUUGUGAACUUGAUUUUUGAAUGCCUUGUAAACUAUUGAUCUACACCAUGCAUGCUUUGCUAAAAUUAGUGAGAACUACUAGUUUUGAGUGCUCAAAUCCCUAGUACACUAGAAAACUUCGUCAUUUUCUGCAUUUACUAUGAUACACCUACAUCACCAUGUUUAGAUGCUGAAUUUGUGCCAAGUGUCUUCCCAUUGAGAGCAAUCACCUAACCACUAUGGAUUAGCAUGCUAUGUUCCCUGGAUCGGUAGCAUGUGAACCAGACAUGGAGAAGUGAUGAUUCCUGUUUUUGUUCUUAUGCGUUGUUCAUUUAAGAUAUGUAAUAAUGAAUAAAUAAGUAUGGCUACCUACAGUAGCAUGUCAUGUUCCUGGGAUCGGUGGCAUGUGAAAUUGGGUUA